ACAUAGAGCCGAGUCACAGGCUCACAGCGAAUACGAUACCGAUCUGACGCGAACGAGUCAAUGGAAGGAGUGGGGGCUCGAUUCGGGCGGUCCUCCACCCGGUACGGACCAGCCACGGUGCUCACUGGGCCGGUCAGGAAAUGGAAGAAGAAAUGGGUCCACGUUUUCCCAUCUAACACUGGCAGCAGCAACAACAAUAAUCCCUCUCAAAAUAACAAUAAUAAUCACCACAGCACCAACGGUAUUUCUAACGGUAAUAACGGCUCUCAUCUCGUGCUUUUUAUAUGGACCCCUUUAUCACAAAGCCAAAACAACAACAGUAGCCCCAACGAUUCUUCCAAGGACGAUGACGUGGCGUCUCCCGAGGAGCCUCCGAGGCGGAAAUUUAAAGACAUCCUUAUUGCUGUGCUAGAGGAACAGAACAUGGAAGCUGCUGAAAACGUUGAUGAUGAAGCUAAACCGAGUGAGGAUGACGCUAGUGCUGCAGAGCCAACUUCCAGGAAUGAUGGUUUUGACGAAAAACCGGACAUUAACUACACACCGAUGGAUGAAAGUCAGGAGGAAAAUAAAAUAGUGCGGCAAGAUCUGAAUGAAAGCAAGUUGGAUUUGAGUUUGGGUUGAACGGCAAACGAUGGCAAGUCUGAUUCGGAAACAAAUCGCAAUGCAGAAUUGGAAAGAGCGAAAUCGGGUAGCAGUUUGGACAUGAUUGAGUAUAGCC